CAACUUCUCCCUUAAAAAUUAGGCCAAUUUGUUUGCCACUCUAGCUCCCGCCAGUACUCAUUUCUUGCCCGUACCGUAUUAGCUUUCAGUGAUCACGCAGACACGCACUUCUUCCUUCUCAACUCCCUCUCUAGGGUUUCUCUUUAGCUAUUUCGCUCCCUGAAACCCUAAGUAUAGCAAAAUGUCUCAUCUUUCACACACCCAUUUUCACAAAGGUGACCAAAUUGAGGUCUUGAAGUUAGAAAAUGGUCCCAACACUCUAACGUACUAUGCGGCUGCGGUGCUACGCUCACCGGUAAAGCAAAGGACCAAGAUCCUGAUCGAGUACCAGACCCUGAUGAUCAUCGAAUCGGACUGCCAAAAAUGCGUAACGGAGCUUGUUGAUUUAGCUAGCGUUAGGCCUAUGCCGCCAAGAGAGCUUAAUAAGUGCUUCAAAAUGGGAGAUAGUGUGGAUGUGUAUUGCGAUAAUGGGUGGCAAAAAGGGACCGUUAAGGACAUACUUGAGAAUUCUAAGUAUGUUGUGGGGUUCGAUGGGAAAAGUGAGGGGAUCGUGGCUGAACAGUGCAAUUUAAGGCUUCAUCGAGAAUGGGAUGAUGGGUCCUGGGUCCCUCCUCUUCCUGAACAAAACAUGUCAUCCCCGAUGGACAUGAAAUCCAGAAAGGUAAAGCUGAAGAUAAAAUGCAGCAAAAGGCUGUCAGAGCCAAUGUUCAGAAUGGGGACAAGAGUAGAAGUCAAAAGUGACGAAGAAGGUUACAAUGGUGCUUGGUAUGGUGCAUUUGUUGUUGGCACCAUUGGAAAUGACAAAUUUAUGGUGCAGUACCAGAACCUGGUAACAGAUGAUGAAACUGCACCUUUGAGAGAAGUAGUCAAUACGGAGCAUGUCAGACCCUGCCCACCCUCAGUUCCUUCAGAUGUCCAAUUUAAACUGUUUGAGAAGGUCGAUGCUUGGUUCAAUGAAGGUUGGUGGGAAGGUGAGGUUUCAGAAGUGCUAUAUGGAUUUAAGUAUAAGGUUUAUUUCAGCUCCUCAAAUGAAACUUUGGAGUUUAACCAUUCAGGAUUGAGGCAUCAUCAAGAAUGGAACAAUGGAAAAUGGAUAAAGGGGAAGUCAAUGAAAUUGAAGGGUAAUAAGACAAAUCAAAGGUUAAAGUUCUGCAAAGGGACAAUUGUGGAAGUAAAAAGUGAUGAAGUUGGUUUCCAGGGUGCUUGGUUUUCUGCAAUCAUUAUCAAGAAGAUGGGGAAUGGCAAAUUUUUGGUGCAAUAUCAGAGUCUUUUGACAGAUGAUGGAACUGAUUUUCUUACAGAAGAGGCAAGUGCUUCAGACAUAAGACCUUCUCCCCCUCAUAUUCAACAUGCCUACCCUUUCAAACUGCUUGAAAAGGUUGAUGCUUGGUACAGUGAUGGAUGGUGGUUCGGUUGCAUAAUCAAAGUUCACAAGAACAUGAAGUACACAGUCUACUUCCAGGCAACAGAGGAAUUGGAAUUUCAUCACUCUGAACUGAGGCCUCAUCAAGAGUGGAUUGAUGGACGUUGGGUCGCAUCUUCUAAGAUGUCUAAUGUCGAAUCUAUGUUUGGAAAUACUUCUUUGUGGUGCCAAUGCAACCAAAAACACUUGGUGUCUCUUUUCAGCAAUCCAUAUAAAUUUAUGUCCCAGUAAGCCUCUUUUUUGUGUUUGCGUGGUAGGCUUCAUAAGCAUAAUCAAUACUGGCUUAUUGGAUUUUUUUAAUGAAGUAGGAAGUGCUCAUAAAAUUCUUUGCUGAUUGAUCAACUAGGAAGUGUCAUCUUUCUGAUUGCAUUAACAGAUGUUAGAAAUGCUUUUUGGAUUAAAAAUGCCCUUUUAUUUUAAAAAUGCCCUUGUUGCUCUAAACUAACUACUGCCCUGGCCAGUGUCAUCUCUAGUUAUAUGUUUUAUUUAUUUUCCACUAACACCAUUUAACUGCAUCAAUUUUCCCUGUUCUCCCCCUUUCUUUUCAUA